CCUAUGGAGAUCUUCGCCAUCCUGGACGGCGUGGUGCUUCCGUACAUCCUUGACCCAAACUUCGAGAAGUACCUGCCCGUGAUCCCCUCGGGAGUGCACUCGGUCAACUUCACCUGGAAGGCCGGUGAGAACAAGCACUACUACUAUGACUUCGACAUCUUGGAGUCCUUGGACGGGUCGAUUCUGAAGGACCCUGUGAUAUCUAUUGAGACCAAAGGAAAAGUACCGCGCAAGGCAAAAGUGUUCCAAGUCUUCCUGCCGUGCUGGGGAAACGUCACCGGAACGGCUUCCUUCGGGAUCGGACUUCGCAUUGCGAACGAGAAGGGGCGCUACCUGAGCGGCACGCCACUUCGGCUGCGUCUGCAGAAGCAGUGCGCCGACAACCGUCCAGACCCUGAAUGUGACCGCAAAUGCGCCAACGGGGGUCGCUGCAACGCUGAGAAGAUCUGCGAGUGUCCGAAGCGAUACAUGGGCCGCUACUGCAGGACAGCGCUGUGCUAUCCACAGUGCAUGAACGGAGGAACCUGCGUGGCCCCAGGAGUGUGCGACUGCGCCGUCGGAUACCAGGGACCGCACUGCGAAGGAGGCAUCUGUGCAGAAAAGUGCCUGAACGGGGGAAAGUGCAUCCAGAAGGAUACCUGCUCCUGCCGGCGUGGGUACUAUGGUCCCCGUUGUGAAUACAGCAAGUGCUCUAUCCCGUGCCUCAACGGCGGCCGCUGUGUUGGCGUCAACCAGUGUAGGUGCACGAGGAGCUUUGUCGGCCCACAGUGUGCCCACCGCAUCGACGGCACUGCAGCUGUGCAAAGGGAGCACUGCCAGCGGCGCUGUGUGCAUGGCGUCUGCAUCCGGCACAACCGGUGUCUCUGCGACGAAGGAUUCUUUGGCCGCAGGUGCGCCAGGCGUAGGUAUACCUAGGAGAAAAGAACGUCGGAAGAAGCAAUUUGUCUGAAACCUGCU